UCCCUUUCCCUUCAUUCCUUGAGCCGCUCUUUCCCAUUCUCUUCGGUUCUAGGAGUCUGAUAAAAUUAGUGUUUGUGGUGGGCAUUUAUGGCCAGCCAACCACCCCCUUCUAGGCCAUGGCUCCGCUUGGCCUCCAUUUCUCGUCCUGUCGCUCCAGCUCCAGCUCCAGCUCCUGCUCCUCAGCCGCCACCUCAAGCUCCUCCUCCUGCUCCUGCACUGCAGCCACGACCAACCAUGUCGCUUCCCACAUUCAGACCCAGCGCUCCACCUCCACCUCCACCUCAAGAACUUCUGCCGCCGCCGCCUCCCCCCAUGUCAUCCCCUCCACCUCCACCUCCCUCGGUGCCCCGUACGCCACCUCGGCAACCAGUGGAACCACUGCCUAACGUGCCCACUGGCACCCCAACCCGCACAACUACUGCCUCAGUGCCUUCAACUCCACUUGUGAAAACCAUUGCGGCACCAACCUCGUCUUUACCUCCUUCACCGGCUAAACUUCCGUCCGCCUCUCCUCCUCGUCCUGCAGUGACCUCAUUACCUGUAAAGCCCCAGGUUCCUUCUCCUGCACCCAGAUCGCCCGUUCCAUCACCCCCCAAAGCUGCUAUCAUUGAGCCUCCCAUCGCAAUGCCAAUGCCGUCUCCGAAAGUCGUCAAGCCUGCUGCUCGGACUCCCCCUCAAUCACCUUCUGCAAAGCCAGUGGCUCCACCUCCAUCUCCUCUGGUUCUGCCUCCACCCCAACUGAGAGCUGAUGAUCAGCCCAGGAUCCCCCUGGAGGCAGAGCAAAAGACUGUCCUAGUUCAAGAAACCGUUCCACUCCCUCCCCCUAGCAACAGACUCCCAUCCCUCAAUGGUCGCAUUCAUUCUGAUGAGACUCCAAAGGCCGGCACUGCUCGUGAUGCCAAAAAUGGAGAUGCAGAAAGACACAGAGGUCCCCACCCCAAGAAGCACCCGGACUCCGGGGAGUUGCCCGGCAUGAAGGUCAUUACCAUCGCUGGCGAGAACAAAGGGGCAACGAUGGAGCUCAUACGUUCCCCGAAACAUCCUCCUUCCCAUCAUCUUCUUCAUAAUAAGGCAAGUCCUACAUCCAAGAGCAAUGGCCAAGAGUCCAGAAACUCAUCAUUGUCUAGCAGCAGCAGCAGUGACGAAGGAAAACAGAAGAAGAAGAAAGACAAGAGUCACCAAUCGAAAUCCUUCGCCUCUCCUCCUAUCAGCGCAUUCAUGAAUAGCAAUGUGCAAGGCGUCAACAACUCCAUCAUCUACAACAGCUCUUGCACUCACCACGAUCCUGGGGUCCACCUUGCCCUCUCCCGAAAGCCAUCCAACGGGGCCUUGCACAUCAAGGAUCUCGUCAAGGGACACCAGCCUUGAUUAUUCGCGUGACAAUUACCUUAACAUGAGAAUACCUCAUUUGCAUUGUUUAUGUUUCCUCUAUUAAAAAGUUAGAAAUUAUGUUGCUACUGCGAAUAACUGAGAGAGAGGUUCGAUAAAGAGAAGGAAAAAAAAAAGAGCGGAGUGGAUUCUUAUUCUUAGUAGGACAUGCCAUGCCACUUCUAGUGGAUGUCAUGUUACCGGAGAUUGCCCAAUUAGUUGGAUUCUCCUAUAUAUAUGUGGAUCAGUUAUCAUGUCAUGCAAUUUCAAUAAACUUCCGGAUUGCUGUGUUGUA